GUAGAAAAUUACUGAUAAAAGUUCCAAAAACAGAAUUAUUAGGAAAAAAAUAAGGGCUCUUCACAGUCCCUACUGAGAGAAGAUCACCUCUUUGCAGAACUCUGCUUCACUUCCUCUCUCUCGAAUUGAGUAUAGCAGCAUUAUAAUCUUAUAUUACUUCAGAGUCCAGGUUAAAUCUUUACGUAUACCCGUGUUCUGUUUGGAGUCCCAUAAGGACAUGUCAUCUGAUACCACCAGAGAAAAUGCAUCUGUAGUUGAUUCUUCGGUGACAGAAUGGAAGUAUGACAUUGGGAAUUCAGAUGAUCCAGAGCGCUCUGGCUACAAAGUGAAUGAGGAUGGUUAUCCAGCCAGGGUGCAUGGACCAAGGCAUUCUCGAGAGGCAGACAACAGGGGUAAAUUGCCUAAUACAAGAUAUUUCAUCAUUAAGAGUUUGAAUCACCAGAGUAUCCAGUUAUCAAUUCAGAAAGGCCUUUGGGCUACUCAAGUCAUGAAUGAACCAACUCUGGAAGAUGCGUUUCAUAACUCUUCUAUAGUCAUAUUGAUAUUUAGUGUCAACAUGAGUGGUUUCUUCCAAGGUUAUGCCCAAAUGAUUUCCUCUGUUGGGUGGAGGCGAGAUAAUGUUUGGAAUCAAGGAAGUGGUAAGGGCAAUCCUUGGGGACAAAGUUUUAAAGUCAAAUGGCUGUGCUUAAAUAACUUACCUUUCCAAAAGACUCUGCACCUGAAGAAUCCAUUGAAUGACUACAAACCGGUCAAAAUUAGUAGAGACUGCCAGGAAUUACCUCAAGAUAUAGGGAAGGCUUUGUGUGAUCUUCUUGAUGGGAGUAUUGAUGUGGAUGGUUCACUAAACAGUUUUACCAGGGACUAUUUACCUUCAAAAAGGCCUUGUUUUGAGCCUCCAAGUUCCCUAGGAGAGGAAGAUUAUUCUGUGCCUUCGCAGCUUAUGUCCUGGCAUAGAACAUCCAUGCCUUAUCCUUCCUUCCUCUACCAACAUCAAGCUGAAGUGAGUAGAUUUCAUCACCAGCAUUCUACUGGUGCUACUGAAUAUUUACCUAUUACCUCUGGAGCAUGCAAAGUUGCAAAGAGCCCUCUUGCUAGUACUCUGACUGAGGAUGAUUUCCUUGAAAUGACAUAUGAAGAAUACCUUGAAGCCCAUAAUAGAACCAUCAAACAGAUGUGCCUCCCAGUAAGCAUACUUAUCUAUUAAUGUCUCACUGGUCUGUUUGUAUGUGUUGCCUGUAACCUUCAAUGCACUGUUACAAGCUUUAACAUGUUUAAUUGAACUGGAACAAAUUUUUGGUUGAUCA